AUGGCUAUCAAAGAGGUUUUCUUAGCUUUGGGAUUAGCUUCUCUUCUUCUUUUUCAUGUGGAGGCUCAUACCGGAUUUGUUAGCUUCAAUUAUGCUGGAAAUGGCCCAUCCAAAUGGGGAAAUCUCGCUGCUGAGUACAAAUCUUGCUCCAGCGGAACCAUUCAAUCUCCCAUCAACAUUUUGCAGGAUAAUGCCACUCUAAACUCCAAAUUGCAUGACCUCAGUAGGCUUUAUGUUGAUGCAAAUGCCACUCUUAUUAACAAUGGCUUCAAUGUAAUGUUGAAAUUUGAGAAAAGUGGGGGACUCUUGUUGCAAGAUGGGAAGAGAAAACUUAGAUAUCCAUUGGAGCUUCAAAUGGUUCAUGAGAGUGAAGAUGAAGAUGGCAAUGUUGCAAUUGUAGCUAUUCUAUAUGAUUUUGGUAACACUGACCCUUUUCUCUAUCAGUUGAAGGAUUGGGUGGCUCAAUUGGCUAAGGAACAUUGCUCGCUGGAUGAAGAGAUUCAAGUGCCAAUUGGUCCAAUUCGAACCAAGUCAUUGAAGCGCCAUAGUCGAAGGUUCUUCAGAUAUGUUGGCUCGCUCACAACCCCUCCUUGUACCGAGAAGGUCACAUGGUAUAUUCUUGGCAAGGUGAGGAAGGUCUCCAAGGAGCAAGUUGCUUUGAUCAAAUCUUCUCUUGCUCCAGAGUUUCAGAACAAUGCCAGGCCAAUUCAGUCAUCAAAUGAAAGAAAUGUUGAGCUCUAUGAUGAGUCUAAGUGCAAUCCUCACUCUCAAUAAAUUAAUGAGAUCAUGAGGCAAUUCAAUGUGUUCCAAAUAUACAUAUUAGAAUGAAGAUUGUGGGGGAGAUGAGCUACUUAUUUUAGUGACUAUUAUAGUUAAGAUGUUGCAUUAAUUUGGAUUAUGUUGGUGUA